UUUCAGGACGACGGACACCGCCCCAGGAGCGGGAGCUGUUGUAUCCUAGCCCCUCCUGUUACACUUGCUUGCAACCAAUAAAGGCCGUUUCUACCGUAGCAGGUCUGUGUCCGCGUUCUUUAUUCUGAGGCUGCAGAGUUCGGGGAGGCUGUAGGCGUUCUUCUACGCGGAAUUUGCAGAUCUUCCUUUGGAUCUGAGGCCCCUGGCUGGAGUGCGAUCGGCAUUUCCCACAAGGUUCUCUGGCUGACCUUGCCUGGACCUCUGGAUGGCAGCGUUGCACCGAACGUUCCACGUGCGGAGCCUGGUGGCUGGGACACGCCGGGCCUUGGCGGGCUCCCUGGCUGGUAGCUGCCUGGCAGACCGCUGCCUCUGGGAUCGACUCCAUGCCCGGCCUCAUCUAGGCAGUGUCCCCACCUUCGACUGGUUCUUUGGAUACGAGGAAGUUCAGGGGCUCCUACUGCCCUUGCUGCAGGAAGCACGGGCUGCCAGUCCACUGCGGGUGCUGGAUGUAGGCUGUGGAACUUCCAGCCUGUGCACAGGCCUCUACACCAAAUCCCCACACCCAGUGGAUGUGCUGGGGGUGGACUUCUCUCCUGUGGCUGUGGCCCACAUGAACAACCUCCUGGAGGGUGGCCAAAGCCAAACACGUCUAUGCCCUGGGCACCCUGCCUCCCGCCUCCACUUCGUACAGGCUGAUGCCCAGAACCUGGGGCCUGUGGCUUCCUCAGGUUCCUUCCAGCUACUCUUGGAUAAGGGCACCUGGGAUGCUGUCGCCCGAGGUGGUCUGCCUGGGGCUUACCGGCUACUAUCAGAAUGUCUCAGGGUCCUAAGCCCCCAGGGGACCCUGAUUCAAUUUUCAGAUGAGGACCCUGAUGUGCGGCUCCCCUGCCUAGAGCAAGGGUCCCAAGGCUGGACUGUCACUGUACAGGAGCUAGGCCCUUUCCGGGGUAUCGACUACUUUGCUUACUUGGUUCAGGGCUCUCAUUAGUAAAGACAUUUUGGU